AUGUUGCUAAUAAGCAGUGCAAUACUUCUUCUCAACUCACCACUAUCGGUGGCUCACUUCUCAAGCAACUGGAACCUCACAAGCACUUCGUGCAUCAACCUCAGCCAAAUUAUAAACAAAAUUCAAUUGGAGCGAGAAAUCUACUCAUUUCUCAUUAUCGAUGCCUUCAACUCAAGUCAGAAUUGCCUCUGUGACGAUUCCAUUCGAAUGCUCAGCUCUUAUGGCACUGUUAGGCUACUGCAAGCAAACAGCUCUUGCUCGCACACGCCCAGCCACUCCAAUGAUAAAAUCCUAUUGAUUCGUUGUUUACCGAAUAAAUUUGUGUCGGAUUCAUUGGAGGCGAUGGUCGGUUGUCUCAAAAACAAACGCAAUAUCCGCAUUCUCUUCAUCUGGGAUACCGAGUACAAGACUGAAUUGAUAAAAAAGCCUGGAGAUCUUCAAAAACAGCAACAACUACUUUUCGAAUAUUGUGCCCAAAUGCGUUUAUUGAACGUGAUCAGCAUUUACAGAGACUAUGUGGACGAUGGACACUUCUAUACUUUUAGCUACUUUCCUCAGUUCCAUGUCCAAUGUAAAACAUUAAAGGAGGAUUGCUUUCCCGAUCGCAUAAGAGACAUGAAGGGUGUCGCCAUACGUUUUGUUCCCGAGAGUGUUGAACCAUGGAUUAUUGUGUGGCGUGACCAGUUUGGUCAUUUUCAGGUUACUGGGUUUGUGGCAAAACUUUUGCGUGAAUUCGCUAAGCGAAACAAUGGCACACUAACCUAUUCGGUGAUUGAUAAUUUGACGCCAGUACCAAAUGUGUUAGCGUUAUUAAAGAAUGAUACUGCCGACAUAGUGACCGGAAUCGGAAGUUCAAGCUUAAAGACACCUGGUGUUGAUACUUCGACACCUUUGCUGUCAAUUGAUUGGAUUAUUAUCACCAAUGUUGUGCUCCGUAGUAUAAUUGGACAGCCCUCGUGCUCGGUCGUUCAUCUUAAGGCGAAAUUCACAAAACGCUUUAUUUACAUUUUUCUCUUGCUCAGUGGCAUCUUCAUGAGCACAUUUAUUGCAGCUGGUCUUAAAUCGUAUUUAACCAGCAAUCCACAUAAGUACUCCCGUUUGACAACGUUCGAGGAGUUUAUAAAUUCAGAAAUAAAAAUUAAAGUAAGUCAAAGACUAUAUAGUAGUGUGGCUGUUUUUAUCGAUUUAAAAUACGUCGGAACCAUGGAAAACAAAUUCAUAAUUGAACCAUCCCUCGAGCUACUGCAACAUCAGCGUUCCUCUUUGGAUACACGAUUUGGGUAUCCAGUAGCCGACGCAUUAUGGAAGGCGUUGUCAAGACAUCAAUCAUAUUUACCACGACCACUCUUCUAUGUGAGCGAAAAGAUUGAUGUGGUAAAAAAUCUUCUUCUGUCAAUACCUUUGCAAGAGCACUCCAUUUAUAAGGAAGCGCUCAACAAUAUGAUCCAUCAGGCACAAAGUAUAGGACUCACUGAUUUGUGGACCCGUCAGAUCUAUGAUGACAUGUUGGUGGCGAAAAUAAUUAAUAGAACUAUAGUGAAGCCCGCUGGAUAUGAACCAUUGGACUUGGAACAUUUCCACUGGUUGUGGUGGAUGUAUGGCUUUGGCGUGAGCUUAUCCGUUUUGGGUAUCAUUUGGAGUACCGUUUAUAGCGCGCAACUCAAUGGUUUCUUUAGUCGUCCGACAUCCGGUGAACAAAUCAACACUUACGACGAUCUCAAGAUGCGUGGCAUACAAAUUGCUAUAUCUCUGGAGGAAUUUGAGUUGCUGGAAAAGUUCAUGUCCAAGUCCUUCAUGCGUACCUACAGAGACAUUUUCUUCAUCAUACCCGAGUUGCGUGAUUUCUAUACGCUUCAGGAGGUGCAGUUUCAUCGGCAGACUCUAUUGGCGGUGCCCUUGGCCGAAAAUAGCGUUUAUCGCGCAUCAUUCAAUGCCUAUUUGUUGGAUAUGCAGGCGUAUGGUUUCUGGAAUCAUUGGGCAGCGAUGAGCCUAUUCGAAAUGGUCGAGGCGAGGAAGCUCAGCCUGGAAGAUUUUGUAGAACCACUCGGUUAUAAGGCGCUACAACUGCGCGAUCUGUAUUACAUUUGA